UUAACAGACUCACAUCACAGUCGAUGAAUAAAUCACUCUCUAGCUACUGCAACAGACACAUCAUCAGCAUCAACAUGGACAAGCUGUCUACUGAAACCCAGAACCGCAAGCGGAUCAAGGAAGUGGAGAAUGCUUUCAGCCCACCGGGAGAGCCGCUUUCCAAACCGAAUCGGAUCCUGGUGGGAGAGGGAACCUUGAUGAAGCAGGGUCGGAAGAAGAUGGAGCAGAAAGCAUUCUUCCUCUUCAACGAUAUCCUCGUGUACGGCAGCGUCAUCAUUAACAACCACUGGUACAAAAACCAGAAGAUCAUCCCUUUAAAGGACAUCAGGCUGGAGGACAUGGAAGAUGGUGAAGAAUUUAAAAACCUGUGGUUAAUCUGCACGCCUCGCAAGUCUUUCUACAUCUCUGCCCCCACCUGCGAGGAGAAGAAAGCCUGGAUGAUGCACAUCGAGCUUUGCCAGAGUUCCCUGCUGCAGGAGCAAGUCCCCCAACAAAACCUCACCUUCGCCAAAUCCUGGAUCCCUGACCAUGCUGCUCAGAAAUGCAUGCGCUGCUUCGUCACAUUCACCCCAAUCAUUCGCCGACACCACUGCAGAAAGUGUGGCUUUGUGGUGUGCAACAAGUGCUCCAAGGACAGAGCCCAAAUCAACCACAUUGACCCCAAGAAACUGCUGCGUGUCUGCAAGAUCUGUAGCAAAACAUGUAAGGAAAAUGAGAUUUCCAGGGCAAGAUUUGACAGUGAUGGCUUGUGGGGUGAUGCAGAAGACUUAUCCAGCGAAGAUGAGUAAUCUCAGACCAAUUCUCACAUAAUAAACACACUGUAGGUUUAAACUGAAGUUGCGUAACAUAAACCUUAUAUCCUGUUUCCACUGUU